AUGGUGAGCCAGAUAGAGAAUCGGCGCCGAGUGGUGGGUGACUGGGAUUUCCUGCAACUGGCCCCCGCCACCCCUUCGCAGAAGCCGACCCGCAGCCAUGGGCUUUCAUUCGACGGAGAGGCUACAGUACCCGGGCAAGACAACGCCGCGGACCCACCACUGGCCUCGAGUGGACAACAAUGCGAAACGGACCAUCUUGGAGCUAAAGCCGCCACCGCAGGCACCGCAGGCAUGCAGGGAGGCUUGGAAGAUACUUUCUUCGACCGAGUCGACAGCGCCGACACCAUCGACAACCAAGAUGCCGAUUCCGACAUCGAC